AUGUUUCAAGUGUGUUUCGAAUCAUCGUCGAAAAUUCUGCUAGAUGUCAACUAUUUUCCAAAUGUCACGUGGACAAUCGAUUUUGGAAAAAUCUCAAUGGAAAUGAGCUCAGAAGUACCCAAGAAGUUGUCAUCUUUGAUUUCCACAUGGGUUGCAAAUGGUUUCCAGAACACAAACAAUCUAAUUGUUCGAUUCAAACCAAGUCAAACUUUCAAUUUUGAUUUCAAAACCCUGAAAACUCGUUUCAAAUUGUUAGAUUUUCGUUAUUCUCACUGGGUUAGUCUCGACCAACUCUUGGAAGCGGACACGUCUUGUAUAUGUUUGAGUAGAUCAAAUUUCACAAAUUCUGACUUUAAAACUUUGGUGGAUAAAUGGAGAGCUGGAUGGACACCGAAAUGGACAUCUUUGAUGAUUGAAUUCAAGGAGAAUCUGGAUAUUGACACGUGUGUUGGAGGAGAACCAUUUCACACGGUACCACGAAAUAUUAAGCCUUUAAUGAAGCUUGUUGUUGAGAAAGAAUCUCCUAUUCAACUUUACAAGUUCGACAUGUUUAGAAGAACUCCUGAAGGAUUUACACAUAAAACUGGUUAUCAUAUUUAUCGAUCAGAUGACGUUGUUGCAACGAUUACAGUCGAGAAGAACAGAAUAGGAUGGAUUGAAAUUCAGCCAUUCGACUGCGAUGUUGAAUUUCGAUUUCAUUUGCAUAUGAGAACAUUUCAGCUGGACUAA